AAUUCGAAAGCUCCUCCUUCGAGUGUAAAUGUCUUAACUGAAAAAAAAUAUCUCAUCGGUGACAUCAGUAAAGCAAAUAAUCUGAAAUAAUUACAACUUUUAAAAGGUGGACUGAAUUUCAAAGCCACGCAGAAACAGGACAUUAUAGUCAUGCCUCGUAUGGCUCUCUAAUUCUUCUUUUUUCAUGUCCAGCUUGCUCAUGUUUCACUCAUUUAUGUCCACUUGUGCACACACACAGCCCAGAAUCCCACUGGACAUAUCUGGUUUCAUCUUAAAACAGAGUUCAUUGUUCACUGCGAUGAUACUGAACACUGAAACAAAACAAUAUGUCUGUUGUCAGGCUGCUGUCCUGGAUUAUGUCCCACUUAUCAGGUGCAUUUUAUUAAGGUGGCUGAAUGAGAGGGCUGGUUGGUCCUGCUACCUCAGCUGGUGGGACGGGCUACAGAGCCAUUUAGGAUUUGAUACCUGUUACAUAGACCUGCACACUUGAGACACUUGCCACAUUGCAGCAGAAAGCAAAAGAUGGUUUUUCUGACAACUAAAAUCAUGCAAAGGACUGCACUCUUUGUGACGUCAGGGGGUUUGAUCACGUCUCUCAUCACCGCCUUCCUUCCAUUUUGGAAGACAAUGAACUCUGAUCUGAAUGAAGUGGAGAACUGGUUCUCUGGGCUGUGGCACACCUGCCUCUACACCGAGGAGGUGGGAAUUCAGUGUAAGGCCUACGAGUCCAUCCUGGGACUGCCGAUGGACCUGCAGAUCUCCAGGGUGCUCAUGUCAGUGUCUAUUGGCACUGGAGGUUUAGCUCUGCUGGCUGCCUUCCCAGGACUGGAGGGGGUUGAGAUGUGCAUGGGCCGACCUGGACUGAAGAGACAGCUUGUCAUCCUCGCCGGGGUGCUGUCCUGGGUGUCAGGGCUCACCACCCUGGCUCCUGUCUCUAUUGUGGCCUACACAACUCUGGUGGAGUUCUGGGACGAGGGUUUUCCUGAUGUGAUGCCACGCUGGGAGUACGGAGAGGCAAUGUUCUCUGGAUGGUUCGGAGGUUUGGCACUGCUCAUCGGAGGGACUCUCUUCUUUGUAGCUGUGUGCAUGGGGGACUUCGACCAGAGACCACCAAGUGUGCCAAACAGCCCGCAGGUGAAGCACAGGACAAAGCACUACCUGAAGACAGAGGUGUUAUAG